UAUCGAUCGACUUCGUUGCACUCGAAGCAAAAAUGGCAACACUCAGGGAAGCGAUAUUAACUUGUCGUUUCGUCCUUGUGUCGUUGUCACGGAAUUGCGAGCAUGUCAUCCCCGGCGUAACCGCGGUCUCGAGAAAAAACUAUUCAACCGUCACGGACAAUGAAAAAACCUACGACGUUAUCGUCGCCGGAGGUGGCAUGGUUGGCACGACGUUGGCAUGCGCCUUAGCAAACAAUCGGAGAUUAGCAGGCAAGAGGAUUUUGCUUUUGGAAAAUAGCACUAAACAUGAAUAUACACCACCUGAACAAUACUCUAAUCGAGUUGUUGCAUUGAAUCAGCAAACUCGUACCUUGUUGUCCAGCAUAGGCGCUUGGAAACAUAUAGAGGCAGUCCGCUGUUCUCCAGUACGAAAAAUGCAGGUAUGGGAAGCGUGUUCUGAUGCUAUGAUAACAUUUAAUGAAGAUUUGUCCAACAAAGAAUUGGCUUUUAUAGUAGAGAAUGACUUGCUAUUGCAUGCGGUAAACAAGCAACUCUCUGAAAAGGAAAAUGUUACUGUGAUUUAUGAAUCUAAGAUUGUCAAUGUAAAACUGCCGAAGACAUCUAUAGAACUCGCCACUGUAGAGUUGCAAUCUGGAGAACACUACAAAGCCAAGUUAUUGGUGGGCGCCGAUGGCGUUAACUCACUAGUGAGAAAGGCGAUGGGUGUGAUUUAUCUCAACUGGCAGUAUAAUCAAUUGGGCAUUGUCGCGACCCUCAAGCUGUCUGAGCCCACGGAGAACAUCGUCGCUUGGCAGAGAUUCCUUCCAACAGGUCCUAUCGCACUGCUUCCGUUGACAGAUUCCCUCAGUUCGCUCGUGUGGUCCGUGUCGAGCGAGAAGGCAAAAGAAUUGAUGAAAGUUUCGGAUGAGGAGUUUGUCGACAGGAUAAACGAGGCAUUGUGGAAGACCUAUCCGAAGAGCAAUAUUGUCGAGAGUGGGAUGCAUGGAUUUCACUGGUUGCUCACGAGGCUCGCCUUGAAGACUCACGCGACUAGACAAAUGCCGCCGUCUGUGGCAGCGAUUGUGGAAGGAUCGCGAGCCUCGUUUCCCUUAGGUUUCGGCCAUGCCUCGUCUUACAUUCAGCCAGGCACGGUGUUGGUCGGGGAUGCUGCGCAUCGAGUUCAUCCUUUGGCAGGUCAAGGUGUGAAUCUUGGUUUUGGCGACGUGAUGGAGCUGACGCAAAUCCUCGCCGAGGACGCCAUGACCGGCAGUUGUAUAAAUGAUAUGCAGUCUUUGCGAACAUAUGAGACGCUGAGACAACGUCACAAUGUACCGAUGAUGCUCGCUAUCGAUGGGCUUCAUCGGUUCUAUCAAUACACCGCUGCACCUGUUGUUCUCAGUAGAAGCUUGGGCUUACAACUAGUGAACGCUAUCCCGCCAUUCAAGAAAUUGUUGAUGCAAAAAGCUGCAGGGCAUGAUAUUUUUUAAAAGUUCCAGCUAACUGUAGGAUUACUGUAUAAAUAUUAUGUGAUAUUGUAUAACAUUGAUUAAAAAUAUUUCGGAAUUGAAGAAUG